UGACGCGUACGGCCGGACAGAUCGCGGAACUCGCACGCGGAACAUCAUUUCAAAUUCAGUGCAGUCCGUCGCGCGUAUGGCCCAAUGGAGUUUCAGAUCCUUCAACUUAUUCAGUAUUUUCAGGAAAUUCAGUUAUGACUCAACUUGUUUUGUUCUGACAGGCAUCGUUGAAUAUUGUCGGCAUAAAAUAUGAGCUGCCUGAUCGGGUUCUUUGAUAAAUGCGUGCCCGCUGUGAAGCGGGUCCUUUAUAAUUGCUGCCCAUGUGUGUACUGCCUCCUCUGGGGAGAUACCAAUACCUUAAAGUUUAUUGUCGUCAAGACGGUCUUGGGACUUGGCUUCGGAGGCCUCCUCGGUGUAGCCCUCCAUGUCUUCAUAAUCAAUCGCAUCACCGCCCUACCAGAAGACGGUCGUGAGGCAUUCGGCGCGGUCUUCACCCUCGUGUUAGCGGCAGGCUUCGCCUUGUCGCUCCAGCUGCGGUGUAUAAUGGUCCUCGUCAUUCCAAACUUCUUCAGCCGUUACGGGAGAAGUCUUCUUGCCUCCUUCGCCUUCGUACUGUUACUUUCCGGUCCCGUCAACAACAUUGUGAGGAAUUCUAGGGAAUCUGCUCGCGCCAUCCAAUGCACCGCCUCGCUGACAUUCAACCACAGUAAAGAACUCUUCACUCUCCUCCACAAACCCUUCCAAGAUGCCUUCCAAAAUGUUGGGGGCAAGAGUGAAGAGAUUCAGGAUGAGGCCCAAAAAGUCCAACAGGAGUUUGUAGAUCUUGAGGAUGAGUUGGAAGGCCAGCACGAGGAUGAAAAGACAGGAGAAGAGAGGAAGAAGUUCAAUAAAAAGCAUACAGCGGACAGUGUUGUGAAGUCUUACGUCUUCAGGAAUGGGGAGAGAUGCCAAUCUUUGUUUGAUGCUGGAUUGUCUAAAUGCAGAAGGGAAUACGGUGCAAUGUUUGAUAAAUGCUGGGACGAGGCAGAUGGUGUAGUGGCGAAGCUCUUCUGUUUUCCUCUAAAAUUUCAAAAAAUGUGCGAUUUGAUCUACUUGUUUGAGUUCAUCUGUAAGCAUAUUCCUGAAGCCCCUACCGGUCUGGGCGAGAUGUACAUGAUACUACGAGGCGGGGUCCAUAACUUAGACACCAACUUCAAGGUUGAUCUCAAGUGGCAAGUGACCAAGUUCCCGGACAUUCUGAAUGGCACUUCCAUCACUGAUCUGCAGGCCAGGAUGGCGUACGAGAUAAGGGUCCGCCAGCAGUGGUUUGAGGCCAUCACAGUUCUGGCCAAAAUCUUCCUGUCGUUUACGUUCAUCCUGGUUUUCAAAAGUGCCAGCAACUACAGUUCCCAGUAUCUGACCAACAUCAGCUUUGACAAUGUCUACCUGACAGCUUACUUCAGAAAACUGGAUGCCAGGAGAAGAAAGCAGAAAAAGAGGACCCUUCUUCCCCAGAAGAAAAUGGAGUCCAAUGACAUCAUCGAAGCGGCUCGCUGGAAACUGAGAAGGCAGGAGAAGAAAAAUAUGGCUGUAGGCUCGAUACGACUCCUAAUGCAGGUGAUUGUGACAGUCGUCUUAAUGUUCUUCGACAGUCUUUUCUACAACCUGCUGGAUCUCAUCCGGCGACACAGUCACGUAGACUAUACCUUUAAAGGAGAGCAUACUCUGCGCCUUGCAGUCCUAGGCACUGGGACCAUUGCUAAACUCUUUAGAAAAGUUCUGAUGACGUUUGACCAGAAACAUUCGAUAGACAAGCUGAGCACCAACAAACAAUGUCUGCCCAAUCCCAACCCACCGGAUCAGGAGAUGAUGAUGAUGAUAGGCAGUGUGCUAUGUGGUGUUUGGUUACUUUUGUACUUGCAAGCCUAUGGCCUGAGAUUAAGGCAUAUCAUCUGUGCCUACUUCUUCCCAAAGAAAGAGAAACAGCGCAUCCUGUUCCUGUACAAUGAGACACUCAAGAAGAGAGUAGGUUUCCUAAAAUUCAUGAGGUUGAAGGUGAGACAACUCGCCAGGGAGCAAAAGUUGGCGGACAAGAUUGGCACGAUGCGAACACUACGUACCCAUUGCCCCCUCCUGUGCUGCUGUCUGGCAUAUUUAAACCUAGGACGACGCCAGUGUCUCAUCUGCGAGGACUAUGAGAAGGCCGGAUUCCAGAAAUGUCCUACAAAGGGAUGCGACUUUGUCUACUGUGGGGACUGUUGGAAGGAUGUCAAGAGGAAAUGCUACGCUUGCAGGGUCUAUGACAGUGGAAGUGAGGAAGAAUUCUUUUCAGACGACUGAGCAGGCAGCAGAGUCAGAUGCGUGUCGUCAUCUUGGUCUUCAGUUACACUCAACAACUGUUGCGUGCUGUGAUGUUGGAUAUGACGUUUUUAACACCCGAGGGGCG